CGCGCACGGACACCCCCACGUGGACAGCCCCGCAAGGACACUGCUGUCCCUGCAGACACCCCGCGGGGACCCCGCCGCCCCCGGCCCCCCUACCUGCCGCGCCCCGCACCCCGCCCGCCAAGGCCCGCGUCUGCCACCGGAAGCAGCCGGCGGGCCCCCGCAGCGCCGCCGCCAUCGCCGCCAUCGUCACGGGGCCUCUCGCCGGCGGCCGGGGCUGUCCGCCGCGCUGCCUGCGCCGGUGCGGGGCGCGGCCACCAGGCACAGGGCGCGCGGCCUCCGGUGGGAUGCUGGAGGCCGGAGCUCUGCUGUUGGCAGCUGUCUCGUUGGGCCUGGUGCUGCUGGCGCUGCUGCUUGUGCACAGAAGCUGGUUCUGGGGCCUCCUUCUCAUCGCCUGCUGCGAGUACAUUGUGCAGCCCAUCCACGACCUGCUCAUGGGCGACAGCAAGGAGCAGCGCAUCUUGCGCCACAUGCUAGAGCAUGCCAAGGCGGGGGAUCCACAGAGUGUGCUGGAGGUCAUUGACACCUACUGCUCGCAGAAGGAGUGGGCCAUGAAUGUGGGUGACAAGAAAGGCCAGAUCAUGGAUGCCGUGGUGCGGGAGUACCAGCCCUCGGUGCUGCUGGAGCUGGGGGCCUACUGCGGCUACUCGGCCGUGCGCAUGGGCCGCCUGCUGGGGCCCGGUGCCCGGCUGCUCACCAUCGAGCUCAACCCUGACUUCGCUGCCAUCACCCAGCGCGUGCUGGACUUCGCGGGCCUGCAGGACAGGGUAACAGUUCUGGUCGGGGCGUCCCAGGACAUCAUUCCCCAGCUGAAGAAGAAGUAUGACGUGGACACACUGGACAUGGUCUUCCUCGACCACUGGAAGGACCGCUACCUGCCGGACACGAUCCUCCUGGAGGAACAUGGCCUGUUGCGGAAGGGGACCGUGUUGCUGGCCGACAACGUCAUCUGCCCGGGAACACCAGACUUCCUGGCACACGUGCGUGGGAGCAGCCGCUUUGAGUGCACACACUACCCCGCGUUCCUGGAGUACACGAAGGUUGUGGACGGCCUGGAGAAGGCCGUCUACAUGGGCCUGGGCAGCCCGGCGCAGCCUUGAUGGCCCGCCCUGCUCUGUGCUCCCUCAGCAGCCUGGUUCUGAAGGGCACGAUGGACGUGCUCCCACUAACCCUACUUCUGCGGUCCUGGGGUCUGUCCUCAAAUGCAAAGCAUGCUGCAGGCCUGAGCCCUCCCCACGUUGACCUCUUGGUGCUGCAGCUCCACGCUGUCUUUUUUUUAACAACAAAUACCAGGCUCUUUACUAAAAUCAGCUAGCUGUAAUAAUCUUAUAUUCUAAUUUCAUAUUUUAAAAAGAGAAAUCCAUGGGCUGGCCCGUGGCUCACUUGAGAGAGUGCGGUGCUGAUAACACCAAGGCCACGGGUUUGGAUCCCUAUAUAGGGAUGGCCAGUUAGCUCACUUGGGAGAGCGUGGUGCUGAUAACACCAAGUCAAGGGUUACGAUCCCCUUACCGGUCAUCUUUUUUCUUUUUUUGUUUUUUGGGUUUUUUUUGUGUGACCAGUAAGGGGAUCGUAACCCUUGACUUGGUGUCGUCCGCACCGCGCUCAGCCAGUGAGCGCACCGGCCAUCCCUAUAUAGGAUCCAAACCUGUGGCCUCGGCGCUCCCAGCGCCGCUGCGCUCCCAGUGCUGCACUCUCCUGAGUGAGCCACAAGUUCGGCCCUGUUCAUCUUUUUUAAAAAAAUAAAAAGAAAUCCAGGAUCUAGAUAUUUAGAUACGAGAGGUCAGCUUAGCACCACCCUUCUUACCCUCCACGUGGCCCCCGUACCCUGCCAUGCUCCACUCUGGCACGAAACACACUGAGCUCCCCGUGACAGAUGAUAAUGCCAGAUGCUCGGCCCAGGACUGGCUGAGUUCUGGGUAUCACACCUGGCCCAGCAGUGGAGAGGGAGCCAGCCCUACUUAACACUGCUCCUUCUCUGGCCAGGCCAGGGGCACCUCUUAGCACCACAUGCAUGUCUGCCUGCCUGGGAAACCAGCACAGUGCAAUCGACCAGACUUACACCCAUCUCUGACUGGGCAGGCACUGGGGACAGGUGGACACAGGACCAAACAGCAGUGUCUGGCCCUCUGGGCCCACAUGUGACACUGAGCGGAAGCAUCUCCUUCCCCAAUCCUACCCGGCCUUGCCUAUGGAAGAGGAAGCAGGCUCAGACUGCCACAGCAUUUGUGCAGGUUGCCACCUACAAGUGACAAAGCAGAGUUGGUUUGUGUCUACCUAAUCCAGGGCUGUCCCCAACCCCCGCUCUGGCCCUCCAGCCCCAACUCUCCCAAGGGGUCAGACUGCUAGCCACCUCAGAGGCUCCCAAAGGCCCCAGUACGGGCUGAGUUCCUAGACCGGGGACAAAGAUCAACCCUGUCCUGGCUGAGCCCACCAGUGCCUAAACCAGCCACUGGCCAGACUCUACUCCAGGGCUUUUGGCCCAACUAAGCAGCCAGAAGCCAGUUUGUUCCUCUGGACACAUGGAGAGAUAAGCAAAAGGCCCUAGGGGCCAGGAGCAGAUCCCUACCCACCACUGAGCACAGCAGGUGGAUGCCCACCCGCCCCUUCCCCACCCAGACAGAUCCAGGCCUCUGUUCUUAGCACCCAGGAAAGAGAAGACAGAAGUUCCUUUGCUGUUUUUUUUUAAUUUUUAGAUUUUCUUACAAAAAUUUAGAUGUUUACCAAUACAGUCUUAUUUUGGUUUUGUUUUUAA